CUCGCCAGCCGCCUCACGCGCCUCCGUCGAACCAAAAAACCCCACCUUCCUCGCCGUUCCCCUAGAAUUUUCUCGCCUCCUUUCCCAUCGUUUUCCCGAGAAAGAAUCCGCCGCCGGCGAAUCCGAUGGCCUCCAGAUUCGCCCUCCGCCUCCGGCCCCAUCUCCUCCGCAGUGCCGCCGCCGCCUCCGCCGCCCUCGCGCGCCCCUCCGCCCCGUCCAUCUCCGCCGCGGGAUCUCCCCCGCCGAUCCUCGCCCCGAUCUCCGAUCUCCACGCCCUUCCCCGCGUCUUCCCCCCGAGCUCGGCCGCCGCGCCCCGGCUCCUCUCCACGGCCCGGCGGGGCCCGACCAGGCCCAAGCAGGUGGACAUCGGAGCCCGAGCCCGCCAGCUCCAGGCCCGGCGGCUCUGGACCUACGCCCUGACCUUCAGCUGCAUCGCCGGGUUCAUCGUGAUCGUGCUGAACCAGUUUCAGGACCAGCUGGUGUUCUACGUGACUCCGACGGACGCGAUGGAGAAGUACUCCGCUAACCCUACGAAGAACAAGUUUCGAUUGGGUGGAUUGGUUCUGGAAGGUUCCGUCGCGCAGCCCGCUUCCUCGCCGGUGAUGGAAUUCGUCAUCACCGACUUGAUCACUGACAUGUUGGUCAGGUAUCAAGGUUCGUUACCAGACUUAUUCAGGGAAGGGCAUUCGGUGGUGGUCGAAGGGUUUGUGAAACCAUUCACCGAUGAUGUAAGGAAGGAGGUGUCUUCCAAGUCGGUGUCGGGGAAAGCAAGAAGUGCAGAGUGUUAUUUUGCGGCAACAGAGGUUCUGGCUAAGCACGACGAGAAGUACAUGCCCCAGGAGGUGGCCGCUGCAAUUGAGAAGAAUAAGAAGAUGAUUGAAGCAGGGGAGACUACAGUUGCAGGAGCUAAAGCAUCAUAAAUCAUUGGUUGCUGAUUGAUUUUUCUAACACCCAGCGCCGAAGUACUUUUCCAAAUAAUGAGGUGAUUCAAGCAUGGGAGGAUUUUUUAAGGAUCUAAACCAUCAUAGGUAAUUGGAACUUGGUGUAAUCUUCAUUUCAAUAUAGGUGUAGCUGAUAAUGUUCAUUGACACAUUCAAUUUUGGUUCACUGCGGAGAUUCCUUGCUGUUCUUGUGGAAUAGUAGUUAGACACAUGGACCACAUUAGAUCAAGUAGUUGGAGAGUCUUUUGAUUGAUACCUAGGUGUAUGAAAUAAGUUAUUCUUUGUAAUUAGGCACAGAUUUCUUCUCAAGGUGCAAUUGUCAAUUUUGCCGAUGUAAUAGCUCAUUGAUGGGUCUUUUGUAUUGUUUCUAUUGUCCCUUGAUUGGGGAGGUGAGUGCCUUGGUGGUAUACAUAUAUAUUCUAUGUAUAACUGACUGCAAACUAUAUGUUUUGCAUAGGCAUCUCUUUCUUAUAAUAAUAGUUUAAUGUCACGUGUUA